UUAAACUACUAUUCCCAGAAAGACGGGGGAGUUUCCCAGGUGACUUUGCGAAGGCAUGGCAGGGAUCCUGUGAAUGUCAGCCCAGAAGGUAAUCAGAGUAUUUUAAUUCAAAUAGAAUGAAGACAGAAGGGAAGGUGGACAUCAGGUUCACUGUGGAGACUUUUCGUUUUUAUUUACGCUGCUGAAGCUAACGUUUUUGCCUAACACCCCAUUUAAGUAAACGUAUAGGCUUGAGUAGGAGCCCGGCCGGAUGUGAGGUGAACCCUAAAGCUUUCCUAAUUGUAGUUAGCAUCGUCCCUAAGCGGAACGAUUUUUUGUGAACAUGAUUUGUACUUUUCUACGUGCCAUACAAUAUACGGAGAAGCUGCACAAGUCCUCGGCAAAGAGAUUGCUUUUGCCACACGUUGUGCUUAACAAAGCGUGCUUGAAGACUGAGCCCAGUUUGAGAUGGGGGCUUCAAUAUCAGAAGAAAACAGUGCGACCUAGAUGUAUCCCUGGAGUCACCCAGAAAGCCAUCUGGACUCAGGGGCCGAGCUCCCGAAAAGCAAAGGAGGAUAGUAGCAAACAAGUGUCUGUGCACAGGAGUCAGAGAGGUGGAACCGCCGUCUCAACAGCACAAAAAGUGAAAGAAACCGGAAGAGAUUUUUCCUAUUUAGUAGUGGUGCUCUUUGGAAUCACCAUUACAGGUGGCUUGUUUUACACAAUUUUCAAAGAACUCUUUUCUUCCUCAAGUCCUAGCAAGAUAUAUGGGAGAGCCCUAGACAAAUGCAGAUCACAUCCCGAGUCUCACAAAAACCAUUUGUGUUCGGUGCUCCUUGAUCUUCAGUUUGCAGAAGGAGAGACUAACUUCACCAGGAUCAUGGAGCUGGUGAUUGGUGUCUUUGGUGAGCCUAUUAAAGGCUAUGGGGAGGCGACAAAGCGGGGUCGCAGGCAGCACAUCAGUUUCAUUGACUAUGUAAAAGAUGGGCUAGAACACACGCGUGUGAAAUUCUACAUCGAGGGCUCCGAGCCAGGGAAGCAAGGAACGGUGCAUGCAGAAGUGAAAAAGGUGUGGGAAUCGUGGGUCAUGGGGUCAGAGGUUCUAAGCGCAGUGUUACUUAAGUUCUAGAAAGGAAAAUAAUACCUGGAAAUACUACAUUUUUUUCAGAACCCAAAAAGUGGUGAAUAUGAUUUUCGAUACAUAUUUGUAGAAAUUGAAUCCUAUCCUAGAAGAACUAUUAUCGUUGAAGAUAAUCGAUCCCAAGAUGAUUAGAAGAAUCAAGCAAGCAGGUUACAGAUGGAUGCUGGGUGGCGUGGACUCACUACUCCAGUCUUCACAGCUCUCUUCCAGAAUCUCCUCAAAAGAAAGACAGGAGUGUAUGGUUUCUAAAGUGAAUCUGAUACAGUAUUUGUUACAUUUAAACAAACUAGACAUUUUCUUUUGGAAAAAUUAUGAAAUAGAGCAUAUUUUAUGUUCUCCCAUUGAAUCAAUCAUGACAAUAUUUCUGCUUUAACACCAACUUUCCUGAGUAGAAAUGUUUGUUAUUGAGAAUUUUACAUCAUGUAAAUAAAGGAAAUAGAUUUUAGUUUUGUAUUAUAGAACUGAAUAAUGUCUCCAGAAUAAAAUUAAAACUAACAAAUAUUUC